AUGGACCAGGCUGCGAUCAAGAUGUGCGAUAAUUGCGAAGGAUGUCGUCUUGUACACACCGCGGACCCUCCAGAACCAAUGACGAGAAGAUCCAUGCCCGAGAAGCCGUGGGUUGACCUUGCGAUCGAUUUCUUAGGUCCUAUGCCUACGAGUGAAUAUGUGCUUGUCGUAAUCGACUACUAUAGCCGGUACAUGGAACUAGAGGUAAUGUCCAGGAUCACAGCUUGCGAAACGGUACGAAGAUUGAAGAAAAUUUUCAGAACAUGGGGUUAUCCAAGAACAAUAACCCUAGAUAACGCAAAACAAUUUGUCUCAAAGGAGUUUACUGAUUUUUGCACAUCGAUUGGCGUUGUUUUGAACCACACCACGCCGUACUGGCCACAAGCAAACGGUGAGGUCGAACGUCAAAACAGGUCACUGUUAAAACGGUUAAAGAUCUCGAAUGCUUUAUACGGGGAUUGGAAAGUCGAGUUGGACGAUUAUUUGAUCCUGUACAAUAACUCACCUCAUUCAGUCACUGGUAUGGCACCAAGUGAGCUGCUUCAAAAUAGAAAAGUUCGCUUCAAGUUUCCGCAGAUCGAUGACCUUGGUACAACCCCGCCACAUUCGGAUUUCAGGGAUAGAGAUAUACAAAAGAAAUUUGAAGGAAAAGAGCGAGAAGAUGAGAAGCGUAGAGCAAGACCAAGUAACAUUCAGACAGGUGACACAGUUUUAAUGAAAAAUUUAUUGACUCAAGAUAAGCUGACAACUGAUUAUGGCAAAGAGGAGUAUGUAGUUGUCAAAAGAAAUGGACCAAGUGUAACCGUUAAAUCAAGCGAAACUGACAAGUGUUUCGAUCGACAUACGUCUCACCUACGGAAGGUGUCGGGUCCAGAUGAGGUACAGUUUGAGCCGGGGGACACACCGUCAAUACAAGAAGCGACUGAACACAUUGCACUGCGAAGAUCAUCACGUGCUCCGAAGCCUUCAAAACGUUUCAGCCCAUGA